AUGAAAUCCACCACGCUAUUGCUCCCACUCUACACUGCCGCCUAUGCGGCCGCAGCCUCGACCCCGAAAGGCGCGCAGGUCGUGCUCCAGGAGUCGCAGGCGCCGCUCGCUGAGGCAGACCAGUAUCUAAUCGAGCUGGCGCCUGGCGAGACGCGCUGGGUGACUGAGGACGAGAAGUGGGAGUUGCGCAAGCAAAACAUCAACUUCUUCGACAUUACGGACAACCAGGAACUCGGGACGGUCAACAGCAAGGCGUCGACAGCGAGCGUCAAGUUCCCCGAGAAGCCCACGUACAAAGAGGCUAUUUCGCCGCUGCUCAAGCAGCUGAAGAAGGAGAAUAUGCGCGCACACCUCGAGACAUUUACCUCGUUCCACACGCGCUACUACAAGUCGCACUACGGCGCCGAGAGCUCUGCGUGGCUCCUCAGCCAAGUCGACAAGACGCUUACGGAUGCGGGCGCUGUCAACGCGACCGUCAAGCCGUUUCCGCACCCCUGGGGCCAGUCCUCCAUCAUCGCCACGAUCCCGGGCAAAAGCGACAAGACGAUUGUGAUUGGCGCCCACCAAGACAGCAUCAACCUGUAUUUCCCGGCGUUCCUCGCCGCCCCCGGCGCCGACGACGACGGCAGCGGCACGGUAACGAUCCUGGAAGCCCUGCGCGUGCUCGUCCAAUCACCCGAGAUCCUGCAAGGCGAAGCGGAAAACACAAUAGAAUUCCACUGGUACUCGGCCGAGGAAGGCGGGCUGCUCGGCUCGCAAGCCAUCUUCCAGUCGUACGAGAAAGCCAACCGCAACGUCAAAGCCAUGCUGCAGCAAGACAUGACAGGCUACGUGCAAAAGACGCUCGACGCAGGCGAACCCGAGUCCGUGGGCGUCAUCACCGACUUCGUCGACGCAGGCCUCACCGACUUUAUCAAGAAAAUCAUCUCGACCUACUGCACCAUCCCCUACGUGCUCACCAAAUGCGGCUACGCCUGCUCGGACCACGCUAGCGCCUCCAAGGCGGGUUACCCGUCGGCCUUUGUCAUCGAGUCGGACUUCAAGUACAGCGAUAACAAGAUCCAUACCACCGAGGAUAAAAUCGAGUACCUGAGCUUCGAUCAUAUGCUGCAGCAUGCGAGGAUGACGCUUGCACUGGCGUAUGAGCUUGCGUUUGCAAAGUUUGAGUAGCCCAAUUGCCCGACAUGUGUAGGGGGGGUGUGUAUGGGUGUGUGAGGAUAAUAUAUAUAUAUAUAUAUAUAUGUAUCGACGAGUUUAUCAAAUCGAGGUACUAGCUGUGUUGUGCACAUGCAAUGUAUGGUGUGUAUGUAUGUAUGUAUGUAUCUAGGAGUUUUAUGGUGUGUGAGAGAGAGAGAGUAAAGGGGG